GUGAAGAUGACAGCUGCCAGAUGAUUGAAUCCAGCAUUCUAGAGCACUUGAGAUCUUUCGGGCAAGCUAUGGAAGGCCCGCUUGACUCUUCUGGAUUGCAUCUGAGCUGGUCAACCGAACAAGACAAACGAAGCAGCAGUGCCACCAAGGGGUGCCAAAACUUCCGGUCAUCCGGUCAUGGCAGAUGGCGCCAGCCAUAAACGCAAGGAGAUCGAGCCGAGCGAUGAUGAACGCCAUGUCCGAGCCAGGACAGAGGGCCAGUUGGAGGCGUCCUCCUCCACAGGCCCCAGGCUUUCGAGCUUAGAAGGCCUCCGAGCACUGCGUGCGCUGCCGGACUUGCUGGAUCGCCGCAGCCUGCAGAGCUUGGGCUGCACGAGCCACGGCUGGUUCUGGCGCGUCAAGGAUGGCUUGCUCGGCGGCAUCGUCUCCAGGUUGGGUGCCACACGCGUGGCGCGUGGCCGGGCCUCGGAGCUCGAGCUGUGGCAGAUCGAAGCCUUGCUUCCGGAGAUGGAGGCCUCGGCCAAGGAGCUGUGUGACCUCUGGUGUCGCUUGCGGAACAAGCUUGAGACGCAGCUGCGUCAGCAGAAGUGGAGCCAACUGGCCAAGGAGUGUUUGGAGUGCCGCUCUGGCGCGGAGCGUUCCGAGCUUCCCAUCAACCUAGAUGGCCUUGAUGUCAUCUCCGUGGACACGCAGUCCUUUGCAAUGCCGGCCGUCUCUGUGAUCCCUCCGCCUCCCCAUCCACCGCCACCGCCGCCGAAUGGAGUUGCACCGACUCCAUUUCAGGGCCCGGUGACCAUGCCCUUGCUGGGCGGCCCUGCGGUGCCCGGCACGGCGGUGGGCACGGCCGUGCCGGCGACAGCGCUGCCCGCCGCGCCCACGGUGCAGAACAUGCCAGGAACACUUCCUGGACCCCUCCUCGGCGGCCUUUUGCCUGUGCCGGGUCCUGCGCCGCAUCCCGCCCCCGGUGGGGGCGGUCCCGGCCCCGGCCUCGCGGGCGCGGGGCCCGCGCCGGUGGCGCCUCCGGUGGCCACGGCGAUUGCUUCGAGCACGGCACAGCAGGUGGCUGGCGUGGUGCACCAACUCAUCAACCAGGUGAUGCAGGGCGGUCCAGCUGCUGGUGCCGCAGGUGCAGCACCAGCCACAGCACCAGGGCGGGAGACGCCGCUGCGCCUCAACAUCGUCCGAGUGAUUGAAUUCAGCCUGGCUGACAGCAGGGUGGCUGGCCGACUCUACGUGGGCUUUGAGACCGAGGGACACCGGGAGAACCCGGGCGCUGAAGCUCGCAGCAGCCGGCCCGACAUCCUGUGCGUGGAGGUGGAGUUGGCCGGUGAUGCAGGGAAGUUUACCUCGCUUUGCACAGCUCAUCGGAUGGUCCAAGUAACUGCGGGUGAACAGAGAAGCUUUGGACCGUGGACCUGUACCGAUAAGCGAGAAGUGGAGAAGCGCUGGCUGGAGCUCCGAGCCAAGGCCUUGGGAGUGCUGGGCUUGUCCUUCGAGCUACGUCACUUCAUGCGCUUGAUGGCUGCCUUGCUCGGUGCCUCCUUGCUCCCCGAACCGGUAAGCCACCGACGCCUGUGGAAUGGGCUGAAGCCGGUGGUGGUGGGCGCUUCACCCAUGGCCAGGCUCCGCGUGGGCUUUGGCGGCCUCAGCACCCACUUCCCAGAGCCGCCCACGUCGACCUCGGGGUCCCGUGCCGCGGAACGUGGCGGACGGAGUGAGCAGGACCGGGGUGGCGUGCCCUUGGGUGUGGCCGAGCUGCUGGCACAUCCGCCCUUCGCGGACUACGUGAAGAGCCGACUGCAGGCCUCCGCCAACAGCUUCGCCAGCGCCAUGGCGACGAUGGUGGGCGACGAUGGCUCCAGCUACCAAUACAGCGGAUUGGCGGAUGGGCUUCUGACCAUCCUGCAGAAGAACGGGCCUCAGGGGCUCUUCGUCGGAAUUGGACCCGUGCUGGUCCGUGCGGGCAGCUCAGACUUCGUGGCGGCCUACGCCGGCGAAGCGCUGCUCCAAAGGUUUAGCUUGCCAAGCUUGGGCUUCCUCCAGGGCCUGUUCUGGCGAACGCUGGGUUGUGGCGUCAGCGUGCUGAGCACCAUGCCGUUUGAGAGCGUGGCCGCACGUGGGGGAGCCCUGAGGGCAUCUGAGGCUCCUUGUUUUGGCAGGUCAAGAAACUGA